CCCCCAUCCAUCUGUUGACAUCGCUUACAAUUUAGUGUAUUUAAUUCAUGUAUUAAGUACGACUAUUACCUUGCGCGCACGCUUCCAAGAGCUGUGGUGGUGACAACGAGGAGAAUGGCUUCCUUAGUUGCGGAUUACGGGACUUCCUCGGGCUCGGACGACGACUCCGACGUGCUUUCGGCCUUCGAAUCUUCAAAGGGCGAGAUUGAGGAAGACGAGGGAGAAGAAGAAUCAAAAAACGGUAACAAUGACGACAACCAGAAUGACACUGCUUCCAAUAUUAAGCUUCCAUUACCCACACCAGAUUUCAAUGGCUCACCUGCCGUCAAAACUUCAGUCUUCACAAAUCCCUUUGCUGAAGCUGAGAGAGCCAAAAGUGCUAUUCUCGAAAAACAUGUCAAAAUGACUCCCACCUUGGGUGACACGAAAAUGAUCAAUGGCAGAAAAAUUUGCUGGAACUAUCGCAAAGGUAGGUGCCGGUUUGGCCACAACUGUACCUUUGCACAUGAUUCGGAUUUGCACCGGUCAGCUGCCGAGCUAGAGGCUCUUCGAGCUCCUCAAGAAACUGUCAUAUGUCAGACGCAGUACAAUGCUCAGAUAGGCAUAAAUGACGAGGAAGAGGUGGAUCAAGAGAAUAACCAGAUGGUUAAGCGUAAAAAAAGGCCGGGCCUGAGCCAGACCCUCAUACCUGGCAAAAAAGUGAUGAAAAUGUACAAAAUGCAUCAAGCAAAGGCAAUUAGUAGGUAAAUUUUUAGGCAUUAAUCAUAAAACUUCUCUUUCAAUAUUUAUUAUUACGUUGUAAAACAACUAUGUCACUGAUAUACUUGAACACACUUUUUUACUUUUAAAUGGUAUAAAUGUUUCUAAUCAUAUGAAAGUUCAAAUAAAUAAAGCAAUAUGACUAUAACCAUUAUAUUGACCAUGAAAGAUUUUGUAAAAAUAUUAAAGUCUCACAGUUCAGCUUUUUUAUAAGUGUUUCAAAAUACUGUAGUUAGCUAUGGAUGUGAUGAUUUUAAUCAUUGCUAAGGAGUUGUAAUAAUAAACAUAAGUCAAAAAUCAAAACAAAAUUUGCCAAGUUGCAAAAGGUGUACUCGUCUGGUGUUGAUAGUGACAUGUUUUCCAUUACAAUAUUAAUAUAUUCUAGAUAGUAAAAAUCAGUUUUCCAGAUUAUGUUUAUCAUGCAUUAGCAAAAAUGCUUUGUUAAUUACAAGUUAAUCUAUUAUUAUUGAAACUUUCAUUAUUUCUAAAUUCUGUUGUUGAUAAGAAUUACAAAAAUAAUAAUAAUGAAAGCUAACUACUUACAAGACAUUUUUUAAUGAACCGAAAUAAUAAUGUCAUUCGUGAUUUACACACAAGAAUACCAAACUGACAAGCGCAUUUGUACCCAUAUUUCUAAAAUACUUACUGGCAAAUUAUUGUGAAAGCAUUAAAAUAUAUUGAACCUUCUAUUUCUUCAAUACUCAAAGUUGAAGCAAAUGACUUCUUAGACUGAUGAAGCAGUGUAGAACUCUCUUAUAAAACAUAAAAAUUAAUCUUAAAUAGUUGAUCAUUCUUACUGUAAUCUGUCUAUGAUAGAGAUUGCUUUACGUUUAUGCAGCUAAAUUUUGGGUCCAAGGUUUUUUUGUACUUCAUUUUAAAUGGAUCCGACACUUAUCGCUUCCCACGUCUUGUACAAUAUACUCUGUAAAUUAAUAUUAUUUACAAACUAUUGUGAUUAGAUGUAAGCUUAGCAAAAGAUAUUUUUUUUUUUCUAAAUAGAGCUUUCAUUUUAUAUUUAUUCCUGUAAAAAAUUUUGCUUCCAUCAUUGCAGGGUUGAUAUUAGGAAGAACAAAAUAAUCUCAAUAUUUUUAUAGAUAACUACGUUAAUACUUCAUGUGAUUUAAUACUCGUGUACUUUAUAAGUUAAACUUUCAUUAAUGUAUUAAUACUUUUGUACAUAAAAAAAUUGUUGACACAAUGAACAAGGAAAGCAUAGUGUGAUUUUAUAGAGUAUGGUUUUUUGUUAUAAACAAUAAAAGCACUGUUGUCGAAAUCUAUAUGUUACUAAUUGUGUAAAUUGUCUAUAAUGUGAAAAAUGUAUUCUUUCUUUAAUUACAAAAUUGUCAAUUCAAUGAGCUAACAUAUUUUUGUUUUGCUCUUUCACUUUACCUUUUUUUAUAGGCAUUGUUAGUUUACAUCUUUUUCACACCCAACUAGAAAGACUUUACUUUUAAUUUUAUUUUUCAUCAAUAAAGUAUACAUGCUAAAUACUAGUCGUUAGAAAAUCACGUGGCUGUCUUUCAAUGAAUUGUUCACUAAAACUUAUUUGUACAAAGGACAAUAGUUUGCUCAGAUUUAUUUACACUUCUAUCAGGAAACAAAGUUAGUGAUAUUCUACUUUAUACUGUACAAUCUACUGUGGCACACUGUUAAGAUUUAACUUAAGCAUAACGAUUUUACUUCUGUUUUCAUACAAUGAGAGAAACCGGUAAUUGCGAUAAUUCGGUACAACGCAGACGGACUCUAAUGUUGUUUUUAUGCUCGAGUCAGUCUGAAUUAUUGUAUACCUACUUAGAUGAGGACUAAUUUUUACGAAUUCUCUGUAGAGAGUCUUUAAAAAUUAAUGUUUAUAUGUUACAUUAAUUGGUAAGCAAUGAGAAGGGAGCUGAAGAGUGGCGUAGUUGAUGACAGAUGUAAAUAUAUUUAUGAUCUGCUCUGUAUGCAUCUUUUCAAAGAUUUAUCAAUAAAUAUAAUUCAAAUUA